GCCUCCUGCAGACCGUUACUUUUUUUUUUUUUUUAAUGGUGCGGGGGCCUUUUAGGGGUGCGUUCUUGUCCCUGUGGCCCUUUGGCAGCCCCGGUGCGUGUCCUCGCACUGCGGGAAGGGAUAGGUGGGUUUGGCGGCUUCGGGGAACCCAGACCCGUGGGGAUGUCCGCGCGAUCGAUCCCGCCUCCGGCUUCCCGGCGCCUCCGGGCUCGUCGCCCCCGCCGCGCGCCACCCCCAGGCCUCGCCGUCCAGUUUUCCUCCGGGUCAGACUUUGUGGUCGAGACCCGCCCCCGCGUCGCCUGGACCCUCCUCAAAAGGUCACUUCCCCUCCCCGGCGUGAGUCGCGCGGUGCCCCGGAGCACGGAGCCGACCCUCGCUCGGCUCCUCCCCGCCCUGCAGCCCGCGCCCUCCGCACAAGCCUUGCCUUGUCUCGCCGUCUGCAUCUCGGGUUUUCCGUGGCUGGCCUCGGGUUACGCCUUUUUUCCAGGGCGGAGUCCGGAGCACAGCUCCUCCUCUCAGCGGGCUCGGCUCGGCUUGCUUCCCCUUUUCCCAGAAUCUUCCCGGGGAGUCGGAAUCCGGGCGCUCAGCUCAGCCCGGCUGCGGGCCUGGGUGUCGCCUAGGGCGUGCUGCUAGCCAUGGCUGCGUCAGCCCCGGAACCCCGGCUUCUGCUCCUGCUCCUGCUCCUGUUGCUGCUGCCGCCGCUGCCCCCGGUCACUUCUGCCUCCGAUCGGCCCCGGGGCGCCAGUCCUGUCAACCCAGACAAAUUGCUGGUGAUCACUGUGGCCACGGCCGAGACGGAGGGGUACCGGCGUUUUCUGCAAUCUGCGGAGUUCUUUAACUACACUGUGCGGACCCUGGGCCUGGGACAGGAGUGGCGAGGGGGUGAUGUCGCUCGAACAGUUGGUGGAGGCCAGAAGGUCAGGUGGCUCAAGAAGGAAAUGGAGAAAUAUGCAGACGAGGAAGACAUGGUCAUCAUGUUUGUGGACAGCUACGAUGUGAUUCUGGCGAGCAGCCCAACAGAGCUGCUAAAGAAGUUUGUUCAGAGCGGCAGUCAUCUGCUGUUCUCUGCUGAGAGCUUCUGCUGGCCUGAGUGGGGACUGGCAGAGCAGUACCCAGAAGUGGGCACAGGGAAGCGUUUCCUCAACUCCGGUGGAUUCAUUGGCUUCGCUCCCACCAUCCAUCAGAUUGUCCGCCAGUGGAAAUACAAAGACGACGAUGAUGAUCAAUUGUUCUACACUCGACUGUACCUGGACCCGGGGCUGCGGGAAAAACUCAAACUUAGUCUGGACCAUAAAUCCCGGAUCUUCCAGAACCUCAAUGGAGCCUUAGAUGAAGUGGUCUUAAAGUUCGACCAGAAUCGUGUGCGCAUCCGAAAUGUGGCCUACGACACGCUUCCUGUUGUGGUCCAUGGAAAUGGUCCCACUAAGCUCCAGCUCAACUACCUGGGGAACUAUGUCCCCAAUGGUUGGACUCCCAAGGGAGGCUGUGGAUUCUGCAACCAGAACCUGAGGACACUCCCGGGGGGGCAGCCUCCCCCCCGGGUGCUUCUGGCCGUGUUUGUGGAGCAGCCUACCCCCUUCCUACCUCGGUUCCUGCAGCGCCUACUGCUCCUGGAUUACCCACCCGACAGGAUCUCUCUCUUCCUUCACAACAACGAGGUGUACCACGAGCCUCACAUUGCAGAUGCCUGGCCACAGCUCCAGGACCACUUCUCAGCUGUAAAGCUAGUGGGGCCAGAGGAGGCCCUGAGUGCAGGGGAGGCCAGGGACAUGGCCAUGGAUAGCUGUCGGCAGAACCUUGAAUGUGAGUUCUACUUUAGCCUGGAUGCUGAUGCUGUCCUUACGAACCCGGAGACCUUGCGUAUCUUGAUUGAGCAGAACAGGAAGGUAAUAGCUCCCAUGCUUUCCCGCCAUGGCAAGCUCUGGUCCAACUUCUGGGGUGCCCUGAGCCCCGAUGAGUACUAUGCUCGCUCCGAAGACUAUGUGGAACUGGUGCAGCGGAAGCGAGUGGGCGUGUGGAAUGUCCCCUACAUAUCCCAGGCAUACGUGAUCCGUGGCGAGACCCUGAGGACAGAGCUGCCCCAAAAGGAGGUGUUCUCCAGCAGCGACACAGACCCAGAUAUGGCUUUCUGUAAGAGCGUCCGGGACAAGGGCAUCUUCCUCCACCUCAGCAACCAGCAGGAGUUUGGCCGGCUGCUGGCUACUUCUCACUAUGACACAGACCACCUACACCCGGAUCUCUGGCAGAUCUUUGACAACCCUGUGGACUGGAAAGAACAGUACAUUCACGAGAACUACAGCCGGGCCCUGGAUGGGGAGGGGCUGGUGGAACAGCCAUGUCCAGAUGUGUACUGGUUCCCACUGCUGACGGAGCAGAUGUGUGAUGAGCUGGUGGAGGAAAUGGAACACUAUGGCCAGUGGUCUGGAGGCCGGCAUGAGGAUUCCAGGUUGGCUGGAGGAUACGAGAAUGUUCCCACCGUGGAUAUCCACAUGAAGCAGGUGGGGUACGAGGACCAGUGGCUUCAGCUGCUGAGGACGUAUGUGGGGCCCAUGACAGAGUACCUGUUCCCUGGCUACCACACCAAGACACGGGCGGUGAUGAACUUCGUGGUCCGCUACCGGCCAGAUGAGCAGCCCUCACUUCGGCCACACCAUGACUCGUCUACCUUCACUCUCAAUGUCGCCCUCAACCACAAGGGUGUGGAUUAUGAGAUACCCCAGGACCACCAGCCCAGGGAUGGCCCCACCCCCUGUGGGCUGGGCCCUCCCACAUCAAUCAUCAAGAACUGCCUCCACUGCUCACCUACAGGCCAGCCUGACAGAGGUAUUUCCUCAGUUGAGGCGCUUCCAUCCCUGACAUCCCAGCUUGUGUCAAGCUGACAGAAUCCCAACUAGCACAACUGCUCUCCUUCCUCCUCCUGCUCCCUUGUCUCAGUGGUUAUGUCCCUGUUGCUGCCACACACUCCCUGACAAAACAGUGGAAGGAAGGAAGGAAGGAAGGAAGGAAGGAAGGAAGGAAGGAAGGAAGGAAGGAAGGAAGGAAGGAGGGGGGAGGGAGGGAAGGGUGGGUCUAAGUCUGAGGGACGGUACCUCAUGGUAAGGCACAGCAAAGAUUGAGGCUGCUCGUUAUGUCAUGUCCAAAUCAGGAAGCAGAGGGAGAAUCCUGGUGCCCAGCUUGCUUUGUCUUUUUUAUUCAGUCCUAGAAGCCAGCCCAUGGGAUGGCACACCCUGAUUCAGGGUGGCUUUCCUCGCCCCCUUUAACCCAUUCUAGAAAUUCCCACUCAGGCCAGGCGGUGGUAGCGCAUGCCUUUAAUCCCAGCACUUGGGAGGCAGAGGCAGGUGGAUUUCUGAGUUCAAGGCCAGCUUGAUCUACAGAGUGAGUUCCAGGACAGCCAGAGAGCUACACGGAGAAACCCUGUCUCGGGAAAAAAAACAAAGAAACUCCCACUCAGAUAUUGCCAGAGGUUUGUUUCCAUGAUGGUUCUAAAUUCCAGGUUGACAGUCCAGAUUAAGAGCCACACAGCCUCCCUUGCCUGUCUCGCCAGCCCGUUGGAUUGGUUCCUCUCCUACCACAGCCGUUGCCCCCCUGCGCCCGCAUCGCCAUGUGAGCUAACCUUAGUUUUAUUU